GGACCCGGGGCCACCUUCCUGCCUUCCUUCUUGGAUGGAGCGCCACCUCUCCAGUUUCUGGGGCAUCUGGCAUCUCGAGGUGUGGCCUUGCUGAAAAGCAAACAAGCCACUUGCCACACUGGAGACUGCAUAGCCAUUUAGGGAAGCGAGGAGCCGCUUCUGAAUUCAGAAUAGGACGGCAUCACCAAGCAGAUACCUAUUCUGAGCUGGAAAAGACUCUGGCUUCUGAGGAGACCCUGAGAGUUUAAGCAGUGCUGGGAAGCAGCCUCAGUAUUUGGGGGCUCAUUACACACCCCAGCCAUGUUCCUGCGACAGCUUGGUGGCUGGCUACCUCGCCCCUGGGGCCGCCGGAAACCAAUGAGGCCUGACCCGCCUGCCCCAGAACCCAGACCGGUGGACAGCUCCCCUGAGAAUUCAGGGAGUGACUGGGAUAGUGCCCCAGAAACCAUGGGAGAUGUGAGGCCUCCCAAGACUAAGGACUCAGGCGUACUGAGGAGCUCUGGGGCUGCUUCAGAACCACACAGGGAACCCCAAGUUGAGCACCUGGGGAGCAAAAGAAUGGAUUCCCUCAAGUGGGACAAGGCUGUCUCUAGCACUGAAGAGUCUGGGAGACUGGUGGCCGGAGGAGCCAUUCCCAAACCCGGCUGGGAUGAUGUGGAUUCAGGUGGCACCAGGAGACCUGGGGUGUCCCCUGGUGGGGGACUGAGUGCCCCUGAGCCUGAAGUCCCAGUGGAGAGACCUGGCCGGCAUCAGAAGCUGCUGGGCUGGCUGCGGGGGAAACCAGGGGCUCCUCCACAGUACUUGGGGGGCCCAGAGGAGUGUCUGCAGAUCUCCACCAACCUGACCCUGCAUCUGCUGGAGCUGCUGGCCUCAGCCCUACUGGCGCUGUGCUCACGGCCGCUGUGGGCAGCCUUGGAUGCACUGGGCCUGCGCGGACCACUGGGCCUCUGGUUGCACGGGCUUCUGUCCUUUCUGGCUGCCCUACACGGGCUCCAUGCCGUGCUGAGCCUGCUUACUGCCCACCCCCUGCACUUUGCCUGCCUCUUUGGCCUCCUACAGGCCCUGGUGCUGGCUGUCAGCCUCCGGGAGCCCAGUGGGGAUGAGGAGGCCACUGACUGGGAGAAUGAGGGGUUGGAAAGGGAGGGUGAGGAGCAGAGGAGAGACCCAGGAAAGGGGCUGUGACCAUGGGGUGGGGUGGGGUGGGGGCAAAGGGUGAAGACAGCGUGGCCUUUAGGGGCAGAGUGUGGGGUAUGACCCAGAUUGUAAGCAUAGGGACCUCAGGGAUGGGGAAGAAACCCCAGAAUAUGAGGGCACAGGGCCUCCCUUUAUAUACAGAAGAACAGAGCUAUUCUGGGUGUCUGUGUUUAUGGACAUCCUUGGGGCAUCGCCCUUGGAUUCACCAGCUGUUACUACUUUUUGCUUUUACAUUUUUCCCACCUCAAGUUGUUUUUUUUCCACCUCUACUUUUUAAAAGC